AUGUCACCGGCAGAGAAACUGGACCCGCUUCCUGACACCUUCAUCCUGCAGCCGCCAGCCUUCCACCCGGUGGUUCCUUAUGUCACAACCAUCUUCGGGGGUUUGCGCGCGGGCAAGAUGGUCCUGCUGCAGGGCGUGGUGCCGCUGGGCGCGCGCAGGUUCCAGGUGGACUUCCAGUGCGGCUGCAGCCUGCACCCCGCGCCCGACAUCGCCAUCCACUUCAACCCGCGCUUCCACACGGCCCAGCCGCACGCCAUCUGCAACGCCCGCCAGGCCGGCCGCUGGCAGGCCGAGGCCCGCUGGCCCCGCCUGGCCCUGCGGCGCGGGGACAGCUUCCGCCUCCUCUUCCUCUUCGGGCACGAGGACGUGAAGGUGAGCGUGAACGGCCAGCACUUCCUCCACUUCCGCUACCGGCUCCCGCUGUCCCGUGUGGACACCCUGGGCAUCUCCGGGGACGUCCUGGUGAAGGCCGUUGGGUUCCUGAACGUCAACCCGUUUCCAGAGGGGGGCAGCGAGUACCCAGUUGGACAUCCCUUCCUGCUGGGGAGCCCCCGGCUGGAGGUGCCCUGCUCACGCCCCCUCCCCCGGGGCCUCUGGCCGGGACAGGUCAUCCUGCUGCGGGGGCUGGUCUUGCCGGAGCCCAAGGACCUCACGCUGAGCCUGGUGGACGCGGCCGCGCGGGUGCCCGUGGCGCUCAGGGCCUCCUUCGCGGACAGGACGCUGGCCUGGGUGUCGCCCUGGGGCCGGAGGCAGCUGAUCUCGGCCCCCUUCCUCUUCCACCCCCAGCGGUUCUUUGAGGUGCUGCUGCUGUGCCACGAGGGCGGGCUGAAGCUGGCGCUCAAUGGGCAGGGCCUGGGCGCCACCAGCCUGGGCCGGCAGGUCCUGGAGCGGCUGCGGGAGCUGCGGGUCAGCGGCACCGUCCAGCUGUACUGCCUGCACCACUGA